AUGCUUUUUUUUAUUAUUUUAUGCUGCAACCCUAGGAUUUAUUUUUGUUAUUAAAGGAUCCAGCAGCUGCACUUAAUACACAUUUUGUUAUAUGCACAUUUGAAUGUGUGUUUACAUGUAAAUUAGUUAGGAAGAGUAAAAGCGAGAUUACUGCGAAUUCGCUGUCACAUUUUUGUAUUUAUUUCUUAACUGUAAGUUGACACCGUAUAAUAUAAAAGAGAUUGAAAAGAUAACAAGCAUAAAUAUAUCUAACUAUAAAAUAAACAGAAAUCUACGAUUUGAAAAUAUACAAAAACCAUGGAUGCUUACACGGAAGAAGAAACAAACAUACCAGAUAAAACUAAUGAAUCGCCAGGAGCAAUGUUAAUCAACGCCCUAUUGGUGCUUAACUCGUUCAUACCGUGUAUAGCUUUCUACACCAUUGCAAUAAUUAUUGGCGAAAAACUUAAAGACACAAUUGACUAUGAUAUGAGAAGUUAUAGAAAAUUUGUGAUUGAUUUUGUUAUUAUUGUUAUACCUACCGUAUUGUUUGUUAUUAUAAAAAGUUCUUUAGCGAUUUACAUAAAUAUCGCUUUAAUUGUAUAUAUAUCUUACUCACUUUAUAAGAUGCAUUACAAAGAUGAUCUACGUGAUCGUUUCUAUGUUAAUGGCGGUGAACGACCAUUCGCAUUUACAUUGGAUCGUAGCACACUCAGUUUACUCGCUGCACUCUUUAUUAUAGCUGACCAAUGCGUCGAAAUGCCUACUUUAUAUAAAAAGUCAAGACAAUAUGGUGCUGGCUUAAUAGAUGUGGGCAUUGGUUUAUAUGUUUUUUCAAUUGCCAUCGUUGAGCGAAGAACUAAAACUUUCUCAAAGUAUUUACUGGUCCUAACACAAUUGUUUAUCAUGAGCUGCGGUCACAUCAGUUUAGUUUGUUUCUUCAGCAAGAAAACAGAUGUUAAUGAGUUUGAAAUGUAUUGGAAUGGCUUUUUCACAUUAGCAUUUUUAAAAUUGCUUCGCAUAAUGUGUCGCAAAUUUUGUGGUCAACGUACAAUACCGCUUAAAUUUGGCGUGGCUCUUCUCAUCUACCACGAAUUUAUGUUAUAUACCUUCACAUAUACAUAUGUCUCGGAUGAAUCUUUUAAACGAAAUACAUGGAUCAGUGCUAAUCAUGAGGUUUUAUUCUCAUUUCCUGGUUUCUUGGCAUUAUAUUCCAUAUCCGCAUACAUUGGUCGUACUAUACGCAAACAACAACUAGUUUCUUCCUAUCAAAGGACCAUAAAUUUAAUAAAGCAACUUGGAAUGACCUGUGGCAUACUUUGGCUAUUGGUGUUUUUCUGCAGCUUUACUGUAUCCAUUUCACGUGUAACAUGCAAUCUGGGCUACGUUAUAUGGAUACUAGCUAUUGCGCUAACAAUGACUACACUAUUCAUGCUGAUUUUUCAUCUGAUUCAGAAUAAUAAUUGGUUUACCGAAGAUAAACGUGAUGAUGAGGGAGAGGACAAUAAUACCGUUUUUUGGGUGGAACCUGUCGUAUAUUUGCCAAUGUUUUUGGAAGCAAUAAAUAGUAAUGGUUUUUUGUGUUAUGCAUUGGCUCAAGCCUUUGCACAGGCUUUAGCGAAUGCUAAUAAAAGCGACUUUGGCCAGUUUCAAGGUGUUAUAAUUAUAACUGGUUGCGCAUUUCUUCUGACUGCUGCCGUUUGUAUGAAAUAUCGUACCAAUUUUUCCGUAACGGUUGCUUAAUUUCUAAUUAAUUUUCUUUACUUUAUAUAUAUGUACAAAGAUAGAUGUGUGUAUAUUGCAAAUGGAUGUGAAAAAAUAGUGAAAUUCUCUUAAUUGAUGUCAAAAUAGUUCGUUUCGUUAGACUUGUACAUACACAUAUUAUGAUCAAAGAAGUUUUUCGUAUUUUUUAAAUAAAUAAAUAAAUAUACAUAUGUAAAUUAUGAGAGAAACUUUAUAUUACUGUUAAAUUAAACUCUUUUCAAAAUUUC